AUGCCAUAAAUCGAUUCAGAAGUUACGAAAUCUUAAUGUGAUUUAUACUAGAGUUCGAAAAAGAUAUAAAAGAAGUUUGGACAUUGGAAUCAAGAGGAACAUUUAUAAUAUCUUCGUUUUUUAUAAGAAAAUACUAAUCAUAAUAAGGGCCAAAGGCUAUUUAAAAGAAUGAGCCAAAUAAUAGGAACAAGAACACCUAGUUAAUGCAGGUAAUAUUAAAUACAAUAAGAUUAGAUCUCAUCAUUAAAAGUUCAAUCCUUAAAAACCUAAUGGUAAGAUAACUUAUGUAAAAUUACUGAAAACAAAAUAAUUAGUCAGAUUAUAUAUGAGAAAACAUAAGGAGAUAGAUGAGGAAGUGGAGUGA